AUGCGGUCUGAAAUCCGAGGUCUCAUCGUCCGUUUUGGAAUGCCUACUUUUUGGGUUACCAUUAACCCCUUAGAUUUACGGAGUCCACUUAUCAUUAUCCUGGCUGGUGUUGAGUAUUCCGACGACAUAUUGUCGGCCUCGAGCUCCGCUAUUCGAGGUGCGACCGCCACAUCCAACCUAGUGGCGGUUGCCUCAUUUUUCUAUAGUGUUUAUACCGCUGUUCUGGAUGGGUUGUUCGCUAGCGGACGCGAUCGCACCGGGAUUCUUGGGGAUGUUUCAAAUCAUUAUAGCGUGGUUGAGACUAAUGGCAGAGGAAUGCUGUAUUUACACGCAAUAGUGUGGCUCAAAGGCAACCUCUCAUUUGCUAAUCUACGAAGCCGCGUUCUCGCCGACGCUGAAUUUGCUACGCGUGUGCUCCACUACCUCGAAAGUAGCAUUAAUAAGAGUAGCCUCGUUGAUCCGGAAGUCAAUCUUGUGCCGAUAAGCCCUUCUGCUUCCGACCUAGAAUCGGAUCAUGAUUUCUAUAUCAGGCUAGCUGAUGAUAGCAACCUCGUCGCUCGAUCUAAGCACUUCGCCACCUAUUUUAAAAACCGCCCAAUAGACUGGUCUAAAAAAAUUUGUCGCUUUGGUAUGCCCCGUGAAAUCGUACCCUCGUCUAAGAUCGAUGAUCUUAGGGUGACUCACCUAGCUCGGAAUCAUCCCUGGAUAAAUCUAUGGAAUCCCGCUAUUGCUAGCUGUCUCCGUUCAAACCACGAUAUCUCCUGGCUCCCAACCGUCUCAAAAUCGCUGGCCCUAGUCUACUACAUCACUAACUACGCCACGAAAGACGACGUUUCUCUAUAG